GUCUGUGUUCACGUCAGUGCAGUUGACGAUUAAACUUUGCCAAGUGAGGGUGUCUAGUUUCUACGUUCUAGGAAAGCGAGGAAACAUUUUUUAUUGCGAUUACAUUUAGAAAAUAUCUAACACGAUAAGAACUUAAUAUUAAAGAAGAUUUAUAGUUAACCUGAAGAAGAAUGGUGGACUACAGCAAGUGGAAAGAUAUUGAAAUCUCCGAUGAUGAAGAUGAUACCCAUCCAAACAUUGACACGCCAUCAUUAUUUAGAUGGCGACAUCAAGCCAGAGUUGAAAGAAUGGAAGAACGACGACGAGAACAGACGGAACUUGAAAAGAAAAAAGCAGAAACACAGAAGCAAUUAAAAGAUACAAAAGAACAGCUUGUUAAACUAGAAAAUGAAAAAAAGGAUUUUGGUGAUAUAGCAUUUACAUUGAAAAAGGCUUUGCAAGAUCUUGAAGAGGAAGAGAAAAAGAUUAAAAACAAGGAGGAAGAAAUAAAGAAGAAGGAAAAGUUAACACCAUGGAAUGUAGACACUAUUGGUCAGGAUGGUUUCUCCAAAACUGUGAUUAAUACAAGGCCAGCUCGUAGAGAUGAUGAUUCUGGCCUAUCUGAUGAAGAAAGAGAGAAGAAAUUAAAACAAUUUGCUAAAGACAACGAAAAGGAAUUGAAAGAAUUUGGUAUGUUAAGGAAGUAUGAUAGUAGUAAGGCAUACUUGCUUUCACAUCCACAAUUGGUGUGUGAAAAUACUGCAAAUUAUUUAGUGAUUUGGUGUAUUAAUUUGGAAAUGCAAGAGAAACACGACUUAAUGGAACACGUUGCUCAUCAAUGCAUGUGCAUACAAUAUAUCUUGGAAUUAUCAAAGCAAUUGGACGUUCCUCCGAUAGCAUGCAUGGGUUCCUUCUUCAAUCGCACUGAGAUUGCCGAAGUUGAAUAUAAAAAUUCAUUCGACGAUGAACUUAGGGCAUUCAAAGAGAGAAUACGUAAAAGAAGUGCCGAGAAAAUAGCAGAUGCUCUUAAAGAAGCUGAAGAAGAAGAAAGGCAAGCACGUCUUGGCCCUGGUGGUCUUGAUCCGACUGACGUAUUUGAAAGUCUUCCAGAGCCUCUACAAAAGUGCUUUGAAACGCGAAAUAUUGCUUUAUUGCAUGAAACAUUAGCGACGAUGUCUCAAGCAGAUGCAUGUUACCACAUGGAACGGUGUAUUCAGAGUGGUCUUUGGGUACCUGAUGCAAAAGUUGCAGAGAAACUGAAGAAAGAUGGUACAUUAUUAAAUGAUAUAAAAGGUGAUACAAAAGAUGAGACGCAAGGUAAAAUGCAAGACGAAACACAAAGUGAUACACAAGGAACAGCAGAUCCUGAAUAACGUGAAUCUUUAAAUUAUGUGUGUUGACAUUCUUAACUCAUUUAUGCAAGUAUCUUUUAGAUUCAUGAGUAUGUUACAAUAAAAUGUUGUCAGUGGACAAUGAAAUAUGGAAUUCUUACCAUCGUUGGCUUCUUAUUGUAAGAACUUUGUAUUAUCGUGUUACGUUUUGGAUUACUUUAAGACUGAAUUAUCGCAUAAUUCCUACUUAUAAUAGGAUGUGUGAAUACAACAAAAAUCGUUGAUUAUACAGAAUUAUUAUGUCGAAAAAUGUAAUAUGUUUUACUCUAAGUGUAUUGCGUUGAUCAUUUUACAUUUUCGUCUAAUAUAACAUUUGCACAUAUUAGUAUUGUAUAUACACCGUUAAACAUAAUAAUUGCUUACCCCAUUUAUGUUUCCCGCAAGAAAUAACGAAGAACAAUAUUCCCAACAAAGGUACAAUAUUAUCGGUAAAGAAUGGCAGUGCCAAACACAUAAAAUGCUCUCUCAGUAACAAACCCAUUUAGAUUUUAAUCUUUUACUGUAAUUAAAUGCCUACAACAUUGAUAACGGGUAAUAAAAUAAUCAAUGUAAAAACGGUACCAAAUAUUUCUGUUAUUAAAAUUCAAUUUUUUAGUGAGUUUCUAAAUCCAAGUAGGAAUGCUGUUCUUUGCAGUAUUUCUCAAAGCGUGGAAAUGGGAUGGACAUCUACUUUGUUUACUGGUGUACACGUCAUGUAAUGCAGGCAAAACACGUAAAUGUGUAUAUACAUUUUCCCACGUACCCCUCAAGUGAACACUUAAUCUCUUUCGGUGUUACUUCAUAUGUAUAUUGAAAACUGUAUAAAAAUUAAAAUUAAUAUAAAUAAAGAAAGUAUAUCCAA